UGGUGAAUGGAGAUCGCACCCAGCACCCCACGCACCCUGGACGACCUGCCCUCGCUUCCUCACAUCCCUCACAUCAAAUCACCUCUCUCACACGUGACCGCGCUAUGGUGGCAGUACCAGCGGUUGUGCUGUGGGUGGUGGAGGUGGUAUCUGUGCUGGCGAUCAGCCUUGGUGGCGUGGUGCCCUUUGUGUUCCAGUACAUCAACAUCCGCAAGACGCGCAGCAGCAAAGGCUUUUCCACCUACGUCAUCCUCGAGCUCAUUGCCGCAUACGUCCUCAGGAUAUGCUUCUGGUUUGGACACCCCUUUGAGACGCCACUGCUGGUGCAGUGUGUCACCAUGAUCGUGGCACUGCUCUUCCUGCAGCACGCGUGCAUCACAUACGACGCAGAGCACAUUGCCAGCAGCGGAGGCAGUCACUUUGAUGGCACGAUUGAUCUGAAGACGUUCUGGCGGUGGGCGCACUUCAAGGACUACGUGACGGCGGUGCUGCUGUUUGCGGUCGUGUCUGGCUCGGCCACGCUCAUCAUGAUUGGGGUGCCCGCGUUUGUGGAGACGGUUGGCUUGGUGUCGCUGCUGCUGGAGGCAUCGCUUGGCCUGCCCCAGUUUGUCAACAACUUCAAGAACAAGAGCACAGAGGGAAUGAGCGUGGCCAUGGUUGGCUGCUGGCUCUCGGGCGACAUCUUCAAGACAACCUACUUUGUGCUGCGCUCCGCUCCGACACAGUUCUUUGUGUGUGGGUUGCUGCAGGUGGGUGUGGACAUAUCCAUCCUGCUACAGGUGGUGAUGUACUCGCGAACAUCUUUUACAGCCACAUCGCCCUCACGUGCAACGAAAGUGCUGCACACCCCCACCAAGCAGCUCACCCGCACCACCGUCAUGGCGUGACACGCGGCAGUGGUGGUCGUGAUGGUGAUGGUGGUGUAAAGGCGACUGGGGGGUUAGGCAACCAGAAACCGGACAAUGAGACGCCGCAUUCGCUUGCGGUGUUGUACAUCACACGAUGCGUGCAUGGAUUGACAUGAUAUGUUGGGGUAGCAGUCGCGUUGCAUGUCAAUGUGUUUCUUUCCGCGUGCUGUACACAGCAUGGUGAUGGUCUGGCUUGAGCUUGGGGUGAUGCUUUUAUUGCUGUCAAAGGGCAGACAGGUUGAAAACAACGACACGAACAGCA